AUGACGGCCAGCACCACUAAAAACUCAAUCAGCGUCCCGGACGAGUACCUGCACGUGCUCUGCGAUCCGUGCCGCUUCAGCGGAAAGACCACCGUGGCCAUGAAGUACUGUCGCGACUGCAACGGACACUUGUGCCCGAACUGCGUGAACACGCACAUCCGGGUCUCCAACACAAAGAACCACCACAUGAGCUACAUCAUCAACAAGAAGAACAACUUCGUGACCACGGCGCUAACUACCACCACCGCCGACCUGGUCUACGGUACCGCCGCCCAGAAAGCCUUGGAGGCGAAGUGUGUCGACCAUGGGAAGCCCGUCGUGUCGUUUUGUGCCCUGCACGACGCGCUUUGCUGCCGCGUGUGCAUUGGGACUGGUCAUCGAGAGUGUAAAUUACAGAUCCUGUCGGAAGCUGCCAAUGGAAGUCGAGAUGGGAAGGAAAUCCGGGGGAUCGAAACGGUCAUAAAACGGCUUCAAGCCCGUUUCGAGGACAUACAGCGAGACAAGCAGACAAACCUACAACACCUGGGACAUCAGAACGACACUUUUUCCGGGGCUAUUAAAACCUACCGGAGAACAGUGAACAACGUGCUAGACAAGCUGGAGCAGAAUCUGGUGAAAAAACAGGAUCGCCAUUUUGAAACCAAGGUGGAAGAGUUGAGAGGGUGUCUCAAGACGUGUCAGUCCGCCAUCAGUGUACUGAAUGGGUCGCUCAAUAAGUUGGACAUAGCUACGCGCCAAGGCGACGAACAGCAGCUAUUUAUGACCAUUAAAAAGGUUCAAGCUAUCACCAAACGAUAUGAGAAGAUAUAUGCAGACGUGGACAAGUUACCAAGGAACUACGCUUUCCAUUUCAUACCUGAGCUCCUCCUGGGAAGUAUGAUUGGCUCGUAUAUUGAUGCACCUAAAAGAGGAGGAGCUUAUGAUUAA